CCGUGAAGGGGGCGUGCCGCAGCAAACCACUGUUCUUCAGCGGGGUUUUAGUUAUGGUGCUGCUCGAAACGUUUUUAAAUGAAGUUUAAGGGCACGUAGGAGAAAUCAGUGCUUAAUCAAACUAUCGCAGAGCAAACCGUUUGAGACGUUUUGGAAACCAACCACCGGUUUCAAUGAAUUGCACCAGGGUUCUGCAGAUACUGAACCCCAGGCCAAUGCCAAGUCCAAUUAUGCCUGUGGAUGUGGCAAUGAGAAUCUGCCUGGCCCAUUCGCCGCCUCUUCGCAGUUUCCUCAGUUCAUAUGAGGACUGCAAAUCCAGGAACCUUGUCAACCAAUACAAACCUCUGCGAUCCUGCAUCAGCUCCAAGACAGAUGACGACACAGCCAACAUAACAUGGAAGAGUCCCGAGACCAAAGCUAAAAAGAAAGUGGUUUUUGCCGACUCCAAAGGCAUGUCUCUGACGGCAGUGCAUGUGUUCAAGGAAUUCGAGGAAGACCUCAUGUUAGACCUGCAGUUUGAAUUAUCAGAUCUGGAGGAUGCCAUUGUUGGCCUGAAAGCAGAGAAGGAGAAGAAUUUCAGUUUAGGCUUCCCUCAACCUGCCGCCGACUAUUUGGACUUCCGGAACCGUCUAAAGAAGAACCUGGUAUGCUUGGAAAAUUGUAUAAUUCAGGAGAGAUCGGUCACUGGCACAGUUAAAGUGAGUAACGUAAGCUUCGAGAAGGUUGUCCAUGUGCGAAUAACUUUUGAUUCAUGGAAAAGCCACACUGACAUUCCUUGUACGUACAUGAAUAAUGUUUACGGUUGUGAGGACGUUGACACCUUCUCCUUUUCCAUCGACCUUCCAAGUUUUGUGGCUCCACAUGAGCAGGUGGAGUUCUGCAUAUCCUACAAAACUCACGAUAUGACAUACUGGGACAAUAACGAUGGGAAAAAUUACAAGUUGGUACAUACGGAAAACGACUCAAGUCAGGCAAGCGUCAUACAAAACGCCACAACAGAUUUCAAGGCUCAAGGGAAACGGCCAGAUAUGGAAUUUGACCAGUUUGGGAGCCCGAGAACAUCUAGUGGAUUCUUCCCCGAGUGGCAAAGCUGGGGUCAUAUAGAGAACAACACCCCCUAUUGGUGACAGUUAAACACAUACUUACGAACUGGUCGUUGUAACAGGGACAAAUGCAAGGAGAGUAUUGGUUCCUUUCAGAAUAGAUUUCUGAAAAAGCCAGAAUAGUCAAAAUGAUCAAUGAAGUACUGAAAAGAACGUCUGUUUGGACAUCAAUUCAGUGUCGGUGUAUGUUUUUAAGAUAAACAUUUCGCUUAAAGUAAAAUGUUUGGGCUCUUAAAUUAUGCAAAUCUGGGACUAACCAUGUUAAUCUUAUGGCAGUUUUUCGGAAUUUUUAAAAAAAUUUUGUAGCACACUACAUAUGCUGUUUUGUAGAGCUGACAUGGGGUAAACCAAUAAUUUGCAUAACAUAGUUGCCUUCCUUUGUGCUAUUCUGUAAUUAACUGUAUUACAAUGGCAUAGUUUUUUGGAUAGCUGUCUUUGUAUAAAGUGAACAACUAGAUUCUUCCUCAAAACUACUUUGUUACCCUGAAGGGUAACGACUUUGCUGUUAAAACGAUUGCUUCUGAAAUGUGACUGGAUGUUAAUACGUAAUCAUUUAAAUCAUCCUUAAAGCUAUAGUUCACCCAAAAAUGAAUGUUCUGUCAUUUGCAGUAAACUUCAUUCCAAACCUGCCCUGCUGACGUUCAUAGUAGGAAUAAAGCAGUACUCAUAUAAUUGCUUUUGUGCUACGCAGAAGAACAAUAAGCUGUAGAUGUUUAAAACAACAUGAAAGCUAGUAAAUAAUAAUUACAUUUUUAAUUAUGGGUGAACCGUCCCUUUAACAGAAGAUGAAUCAGCACAGCAUACUGUAUGUAAUGCUCAGAUUAUGGAAGUGGAAUAAUCUGGAACAAUAUGAGAUUGCUUCAUAUUGAAGUUUAUGUGUCUCAUUUGAUAGCACCAGUUUAUUAGUCACUUUCUAAUGAAUGCACUAAUCAUGAGGGAGUCCAUGAGAUUAUGAUGCCCGUUAAGUGCUAAAUCCCUGCUGUUGCGUUUUCCUAUGUUUGUUCUACUUUUUUAAAACUGCAGUUUCGAUGUAUUUUACACUUCUUUCCUACGACAUUUUUGCUGCUAUGCUCUUGUGUGUGCUGCAUUGUGAUUUAUGACCCAUGGUGUGUGAAAACUCUCCAGUGUUAUUUGGAGAUAGAAGAUGAGGAACGUUGGACGAAACUUGAAGGAGGCCCUAGAAUGUGAGGAAGAAUGGCUAAAGACGACGACCAUCUUGAAUGAGGUUCUUGUGUUUUCAUGACUGUUUUGUCCCCUUUUUGCUGCAAUAGAAACACAGGUUGAUGCCUUGCACGAUGGAGAUUGUGGACUGUGGUGAACUGUGAGCUGCUGUAACUGCGGAGAGGGAUUAUGCAGGUUGAAUGUAAACAGAGGCCUACGCGAGACAGUGUAUGCCUACGUAUUUUUUUCUACUGCAAAGAAAGAUGUUUGUACGAAAGAAUGCUGUACUUUACUCUUGUGUUCCUUUUAGAAAUAAAACCUAAUGUUUCUACGAGGA